UUUUAUCAAUUUCACUAAUCAGAAUUCAAUGUACAUUUGAAAAUCCGAAGUAUGAUCAAACAAAUUUGUAAAAAAAAAAGUGUCCAAUCCUAGCUUCGUCUGCAAUUCCCUUUCAAGUUUCAAUCUUUGGAAUCUUUCUCUCACAUUGCCAAGGCAGCCAUGUCUGCUCCUUUCGAUCCUUUUUGUAAAGAGUCUUUAAUGGGAAGUGAGGAAGCUAAAGACCCAUUGAAAGGGGUUGAUUGGAAAGCAAUUGGUAGUGAGUUGCAGAAGGACCCCAGUGCCAGUAAUAAACCUGUUAUAAAGAAACGACUUCCUAAGAAGAUUAGACAAAUUCCGGACUGUUAUUUCCUUCCUCGAAUGUCCACGCCUUCCGCUAUUGCCUUCUAUGGAGCCUGCAUUGCUGGUGGAAUCGGUGCUGGGAUGCUGCUGGAAGUCUGGAUAAACAACAAGAUUAAAGAGGAUGGAGGUGUUAUAUGGGAGUUGGACAAAUAAGAUGGAGAAACCAAUAUUUUUAAAUAAAAAAAGUAUAGGAGCUGAAUGUCACAUGUCGUGAAAUGGGGGUGCAUUGUAAGAUGUUGGCGGUCACAGCUUGCUCAGGAGAAAGUGAAAGGCAGGCAUUUCUGGCAGCUGGUGUUGAUGUGUUCAUUGAGAAACCUUUGGAUCCUAAGCAUCUGGUUCCCAUCCUGAGGGAACUCGAUGGACAGUGAGUGAAGACCCAUUUUGGGACACAAAAUUGAGGACUUUCCUGUUGUAGUUGUUGUUGGCUUCCAGCUUUGAUGUUUCUUUCUCUUUGUUUGUUAUUAGCUCUGAACAAUAAUGAUGUUUUUUAAUAGGCUUUAGGUUGUUUGUCGAGUCUGGUCCUUUGGUAAUGUACUGGUAAUGCCAUGAAUAAGAUUGCACUCUUUUAUUAAAGUCUUCCAUUUUACCCCAAA